UCAUCAAUAUUCCCAUUCAAAUUACAAAACCAAAAAAUGGGUAUGUCUAAGCUUUCCAUAGCACUCAUUUACGUGCUGGGCUUGGCCACAGUCCACACCAUCCAUGCCCAAGACUCCCCACAAGACUAUCUGAAUGCCCACAACUCUGCUAGAUCGGCGGUGGGUGUUGGACCCCUGGUUUGGGACGACAGGGUUGCAGCCUUUGCACAAGACUAUGCCAAUCAACGCAAAGGCGACUGCAGGCUGGUUCACUCUGGAGGACCUUACGGCGAGAACCUUGCAUGGAGCAGUGCAGACCUUUCAGGCACUGACGCCGUCAAGAUGUGGGUCGAUGAAAAGGUCGAUUAUGACUACAACUCCAACUCCUGUGCUGCCGGAAAACAGUGCGGGCAUUACACUCAGGUGGUUUGGCGAAACUCGGCUCGUGUAGGCUGUGCAAAGGUUAAGUGCGACAAUGGAGCAGGCACCUUUAUUGGCUGCAACUAUGAUCCUCCAGGCAACUAUGUUGGGCAACGUCCUUAUUAAGGGCGAUAUGUUAUACUGCUCUUAUUAUUUUUAUCUAUGUGGGAGCUUUAAUUGAUAAAUAAAGGUUACUAUUAGGAUUUCUCUAUGAAAAAAAAUGAUAGAUCGAAGGACAUAAUGCAUAUGUAUGCAUGUAUAUGUUAUCUAUCUUUAUGUUUAAAUAAGAAUUUCUCUUAAUUUUCUUCUACC